AUGGGUAAAGUUAGUGAUGCCCAGGCUUCCUAUGUCUUGCGUUCUCCCAAGAUGGCGGCUGGGCCGGCAUUUCUGGCUACCUCUAAAUGGAUGAGGGCUGCUUUUGCGAUUGCAACCAAAUUACACUUGGGUAAUACAUCUCUUAACGGCAGCAGCUUUACUCGUUUUUCCACCAAGUCAGCUCUCCCUGUUCUUACUUUGUACACCAAGGUAAGAUUUCUCGGCUAGAGAGUGCUUCUUUCUUUUCGCCUACAGAGCAGGUUUUUUAAAACUUCUCCUCCAUGUAUGUUAGUGUCACUAGGAUUAUGGCAUUAACUUAGAUUUACAUCUAAUUCAUAAGUAUUCAUUUGGAUAAAAAUAAAAUGGUCUUAAUAUUAUCACAAACAGGUUAGGAGCUCCGGAGAGUAGGUAUUAGGCUGAACUUAUAAGAUACAAGAAGUGGUAGAGUUAAAAGCUGGAUGCGUGAGAGUCUUGCAAAAUCGUAAGCACCUUUUUAAUCAAUAAUUUCCGUGUUUUGAAAGAGAGGGAGAAAUUGAGAUGAGUGUGGAAGGCGUGGACAGUGUGAGGGAAGGUUCUGGCAAAUUUGAUUUUCUUAACCCUUCCCUUUUUCUCCACCCCUUCCCAAUGCUAAGGAUGAACCCAGGGGAGGAUUUGUUUCUCGACAAUUCUCAACUCUAUUGCCUCUGUACAGCAUGUCUGCCCACUUUGUGAUGAAGCCAAGGUUGCCUUAGAGAGCUACAGACACAGGGUUGGUAUUCACUCCUUCAGAUUUUUUUUCUUUUCAAAUUUAACAACGACUUAAAUCAACAUCAAUAGGCUAUAAGUAAGACUAGAUUACAAGAUCUUUAAAAAUAAGAAAAUUUAUCAGGCUAUGUAAAAGAAAGAAAAGUAUAGUUAGAUUGCCAAGCAAGAGGCAGGAGCCAGGCUGACAAACUUGUUGACACAUUAACAUUGAUAAUGCAAUACUCUAGAAGUGCACACCAAUUCUAUCCCUGAUACUGUUAUUUUCAAUCCCUCUCCCCCUGUAUAGUGGCUCUCCAUGUUUUCUGUGAUUUUAGAAAAUAAAUGGGUGAACUACACUUCAAUUUUACGCUUCCUUAAAUAUGAAGUUCUUACUAACUCAGUUUGAGGGCUGACUGGGUAAUAUUGGCCCAAGCUUGUGGAAAUGAAAAUGGUUUGUAUCGCAAAAUACUUACCAAGUAAGAACUAAUUAGAAAACUUGAAUUAACCUUAGGACUACCUUGCCAUAUAAUAAAGCUACAUUGAUUUAGAUGUACUGACAUCUAUAAUAAGUUUUGCCUGACAAAACCCACACAUUUACUUAAUAAUUUAUUUAAUACUAAUUAUUAUUACUUUACUUUGAAGAUGUUUGCUUAUAAAUAAUAUAUAUCUAAAUCCUCAGUUUCAGUUUGAAGAAGUGGACAUCAAAGCAAAAGGAAAUGAAGCAUGGUUUGAGAAAUACAGAUAUGAAAUUCCUGUGUUCCAUUUAAAUGGAUCAUUUCUCAUGAAGCACAGGGUGAAUGAAGAGGUAUUGGAGAGGGAAUUAAGUAAAUUUGAAGAACAACAAAGAGGCUAGAGAAAGAUGACCUUCAAAGAAUAAGAUAAUACCAUACUUCCCAGCAUCACAAUAUGAAAUCAUCUAAAACUGCUUUUCUAAGAUUGGCAAAGAGUACUCUCCAGAAGAGAAAGGAGUUACUUUUAAGGUAUAGAAAGUGAGGGUAAUGUGCGUGUCUUUCCCAAGAAAACAUUACAAUGACUUAUCCUGCUCAAAAUGAACUCUUUUUGAUCAAAUUCUUGUAGUAAAGUCAAAAUUGUAUGCAAUGUUCAACUGAAUAUUUAUGUCUUCUGAUCAGUCUUCAAAUAGUGAAAGAAAGUGGAAAGCUUUAUUACAAUAUUUUCUUUUCUUAUGGGACUGCAAAAACAUUAUAAUUUCUUUAAUAAGUGUUUUGCAUAAUAAGUUGCAAGGAAAAUCAAUAUUUGACAUUAAAUAAAACUAAUAUACUGUAUAACUAAUAAAUAAUUUAUAUACUACAAUUUUCUUGUUGUCACUUAUAUGUCUAACAACUCCUUGAUAAUUACUAAUACUUACAAAAUGGAUGAGCAUCACCUUAGGUGAAAAUAUCAUAUUUAUCCUUAAAAGUUAAAAAGUUUCUUUAAUUGAAGUUAAUAUAGAGUAGCUUGUAUGGUGACUAGCUUAUAAUUUCUCCCACAGUAGCACUCCUGAAUCAAAAACUGAGGUCAUGAGAAUAAAGGAUUUAAAAUAAUUCUCCUUGUCAACAUCUUAGGAAAUGUAUAGAGAACAGUAUGGAGAAUAUGCAUACUGAUGUUAGGGUGUAAAUUGCCACACUUAGUGACUCACACUGCCCUUUAAGUCAUCAGGAGCAAGACUAAAACUAAUGAAGACUCGAUUCAAAUUCAAGGAAUAUGAUACUAGCAAACUCCAGGUAGUAAGGAAAAGGAAAAUUGAUGCACCGUGCAUGGGACUGCAGUGUUUUGUAUUUAAAUCUACAAGUUUUUUUCCAAUUAAGCUAUUUCUGCACAUACAAUUUCUCAAGAAAGUUUGGUGCACAGAGAACCUAGAGGUUUGUUUGCAUUGGUUAAAUUUAGAAAUGGAACUUCCUCCAACAUAGCAGCAAUUAUCUUAAAACUUGUUGUCUGCAUCAUGAGAAUUUAAAAAAAAAGGAACUGAG